CCGCGCCCCUGGCUGCCGGGCCAUGGCGCUGAGGGAACUCAAAGUGUGUCUGCUGGGGGAUACAGGUGUAGGUAAAUCGAGUAUUGUAUGGCGCUUCGUGGAAGACAGUUUUGAUCCGAACAUCAACCCAACAAUAGGGGCAUCUUUUAUGACCAAGACUGUCCAGUACCAAAAUGAGCUACAUAAAUUCCUAAUCUGGGAUACAGCUGGACAAGAACGAUUUCGUGCCUUAGCACCAAUGUAUUAUCGAGGGUCGGCUGCAGCUAUAAUCGUUUAUGAUAUCACAAAAGAAGAGACAUUUUCAACAUUAAAGAAUUGGGUGAAAGAGCUUGGACAGCACGGCCCACCUAAUAUUGUAGUUGCCAUUGCAGGAAAUAAGUGUGAUCUUGUCGAUGUCAGAGAAGUCAUGGAAAGAGAUGCUAAGGACUACGCCGACUCCAUCCAUGCAAUUUUUGUAGAGACCAGCGCAAAAAACGCGAUAAACAUAAAUGAACUCUUUAUAGAAAUUAGUCGAAGAAUUCCAUCCACUGACACCAACCCGCCAUCUGGCGGGAAGGGCUUCAAACUCCGAAGACAGCCUUCAGAGCCCAAGCGGAGCUGCUGCUGACUGAGCCUCGGCCUCUCAGACUUGAUGAUGAAGUAGGUGGUCCUGAAUGUUAACAGGAGGGCUGGGGGCCCUGCCACCACGUGUCGCCCAGCCGGUCUUGGGUCUUCUUCGUGCAAAAAGGAUUCACAGAACUUGACCGGUUAUUUCCUCUUUGGAGACUGCAGCAAUAAUAGUUCAGUCUGUGGACCUCUGAUGUGUAAAGAGUCUCUGGUGUACAAAGGGACUGCAUCAUUGGCUUUUGACCUUGCUGAAAAGGAACGUAUAAUUGUAUGGAUGGUAGGAUUAAAUUGUUGAGUAGUUUUGUAAUCAAGAUUUUAUGUAACAUUUGUAAAGGGAAAAUUAGCACUUUUGUGGUUCUUGAGGGAAAAAAAGACCUUGUGGAGAUAAUCAUUUCCGUAGUUUCCCAUUCCCACUGUUACAGGGAGUUGUAUCAUUGACAGUGUGGUAGGAUAUGGUAAGUUGAGGGGUGGCAAUUAUUAUUUGAAACUAAAAUGGGUUAUUUAUAGGACUGAUGGAAAUGAUUCCAUCCCACCAUGUCUAAAGUACUUUUCAUUGACCAUGUUACAAACAGUAAGGUAACAACAACAACAGUUGCAUAGCUCACCCUGGGUUUGCAUUUUGACCCUGACAUGUACAUGUCACCAAACACGUUAUUGGCACCUUUUAAAAUAAGCUCUCGUGAUCAGGAUGGUGAUGGUAGAGAAGCCGCCUGGAAUACAUUGAAUUACAUAUAUUUAAACUGACUAGCAAUGGUUUGAAAAAGAGGAAGAAGAGGGAAAGUGGUGUAAAUGCUGUCAAUUUUUUAUUUAACCCAGAUGUUUUGGUGGGGAAUACAAUUAUCUGUUGCUUAGCAUAUGUAAAGUUGUAGUCUAUAUUUAUGAGACCAUUGCUUAAAGAUUAUAAAUUAUGUAAAUACA